AUUUGUUUGUGUGUAGAACCAGUUUUGUCUGGAUUUUAUGGGGGAUCUUGCUCUACUUCUAGCCCGAAAAGGGAUUUCCUUCUAUCCAGAGCAUCCUUUCUUCACCAAGAAACAUGGAACUAAUUCUGAACAUACUCCGACUACUGGGACUAGGGUUCCAACAACCACAGCUGCUGCUAAAGCUACUCCUUCCAGAAGGAUCCAAAUCCAACCUGUAGAAACAGAAGAGGACGUAGACAAUCCGGAUGCUGUAAAUCCAACUCAAGAUAAUACAGAUCCUUUAAAUAUUGAAAUAACCCCCCAGACUCUAGUAAAUGAUUCAAGAAUCUGUGAAACACCUCUUGGAAGAUCCAAGAUUACCGAAGAAGUUGUAAAUAUAAGUGAAGAUGUCUCUUCUGGGAAUCUUGAUGAUGAUCGGGAAGAAACCAACGACGUGGAGAUGUUUGACUCUUAUGUAUCUGAAGGAGAUGAUGAUCCUAUCCGACCUGAUACCCCUGAACCUGAGGAUGACAAAGAUGACGUAGAAAUGUUUGACUCCACUGUGAAUGAAGAAGAUGAUACUCCUGAACCUGAAGAUGAUAAUUCUGUGAAAAUUAUCUCUGAAAAUGAUCAGAUAGAAGACAACAAUGUCGGUGAGAUGUUUGAAGUACACAAUGAUAAUCCUGAACCGGAAUUAGAUCCGCUUGAACUUGAUCCUGAUCUGGAACUAGAACAGAAGAUAAACAUUUCCGAAGAGAAACUUGAGGAAAGGAAUAUCUUUUCUGAGAAUGAGGUAUCAGCCACUUCUCCCAGGAAAAGCAAUAGAAACAGAGGUGUAUGUGUGUCAUAUGCCGAGAUAGAAAAUCCUGAAAUUAUAGAACACAAGAAGGAUAAGUUUUUAAACCAAACCAAAGGGAAAAGAUCCAUCAGUCAGCCAUUGCAAGUUGAAGAGUCCCUUAACAAUAUUGAUUACGAUGAUAUUAUUCAGGUAAAGAUUUUAGUUUUUAAUUAUUUUGGUUAAUUUUUGUCAUUUACU